GUCAUCUUCUCUCUUUCUUUCUAAUUCGUCCUUAGUAUUAAUUUAUGUUAACACUAUUUCACCAUUUCAACAACAUAUACUUAUAUAAUCCUUUAUUAACUAUCACUUAAUUCAUUCAUUUGCAUGCCAUUGAGAGAUAUAUAAAUAUAGAUAUAGUAUAACUUUAUUCAUUCAAGCACCAUGUUAGAAAUGGGAAGGAUUAUUCCGGUGAGGUUUGAGAGGGUAGCGGCGGCGUUUGAGAGUGAUGAGGUGGCGCGUGUGAGGCUAUGUGAAAGUAGUGGAAGCGAACACUCACCUGAAAGUUCAACCGAUUUAUCAGAUCUUGUGAAAUCGUUCUUGGAGAAGAAUUCUGUGAGAGCAGAAGAAGAUGCGGUUGCUUUUGAUAAGGAGGAUCGUGAUUUUGAGUGGUAUGAUUACGAGGAGAAGAGGGAGAUACUGAAAGAGAUUUUUAAUGAUACUGUGAAAGAGAAGAUUAGAAGAGAGGCUGAACUUGCAAUUGAAGUUGUUGGUGGUGACAAAUCUUCGCCUGGAUUCAAACGCAUGGUGAUGUCACGCUUGCGGGAAAGAGGAUUUGAUGCUGGGCUUUGCAAAUCUAAGUGGGAAAGAAAUAGAAAAUUUCCAUCGGGUGACUAUGAGUACAUUGAUGUGAAUUAUGGUGGAAAUCGUUACAUUGUUGAAACAUCCCUUAUGGCUGAAUUUGAAAUAGCUCGACCCACAAAUCAAUAUACUUCAUUACUUGAUGUUUUCCCUUUAGUAUUUGUUGGUAAAGUGGAAGAGCUGAAAAGGGUUGUGAGGAUAAUGUGCAGUGCUAUUAAGGAUUCUAUGAAAACAAUGGAUAUGCAUGUACCUCCAUGGAGAAGAAAUAGCUACAUGCAAGCUAAGUGGUUCAAUACUUACAAGAGAACAACUAAUGAGGUUGCAACUAACAAGUCCAUUACAUUUGAAGCAAGACCCUUGAAAGCAUACAAUUGCAAGGAUGUUUAUUAUGGGAGUAAAAUUGCUGUUAGAGUUGGCCAUUUGGCUGCUAAAUUUAAUGUUGAAUAACCAUAUGCACAUACACAGUUUUUCCUUCUUUAGGUGACUGUGUAAAACCCCUUAGCACAGGGCACAGAGGUGUUUCUGCACAGUUUUCCUAGUGAUGUGUUAUGGGGGCAAUUUUGCCUUUUGAGUUGGGAUUAUUGGAAGCAUUUUUAUUUGUUUAUA